UCUGGUUUCGCUCUCAAGGCUUGCCACCAAGCCCAAAAGUCACUCGCAAAAUCACCCUGAUACGCCAUUGCAAUCACAGAGCCGACACUCUCAACUCGACGCAGUGAGCAGCAGCUGUAACUUGAGCUUCUUACAGGCGCACCCGCCGCAGCAGCAGGUGCUGUAGCGCCAAGUCAAAAUCCCGCCAAAGUGCUCAGCGCACUGCCGCAAAUCGCCUAGCAGUGACGCUAGCAAGCACGCAAAAGUACUCGCCGUGCAAAGCAAACACAGCUAAUCCUUAGCUAGGUAAAAAGACCAAACCACCGGGUCGCCCUUCCGCGCCGCCGAAACCGCCCGAGAAAAUCCAAAAAAACCAAGAUGGCCGCCAUCAAGGAACCGGGCCAAUUGGACGAUGAUGGUAAAGUCGACGGCUAUCCGGUAGAGGGCUUGUGUCUAGCCGUGCUAGACGACGGCCGCGCGCGGCCGGCGUGGUUGUGUAGAAAGGAGGACACGCGCCAAAGCAGCAGACUACGCGUGCUGAUUUAUGGAGAUCCAGCCGGCAAAGCGAGGCUCCUCACGUCUUCUGAAAGGGUUGACGCCCUACCCUCAACGGAUGAAGCCUUGGCGGCGCGGCUCCAGGGGGACUGGAAAAACGCGUCCGCGCAAGAACGCGAUGAGCUAUUGAGAGGCUGCGACGAGAUGGAAGCUAGACGAGCGGCCCCGCCCCAGUUCCUGGACAUGGUUACUCGGUUGAGGGCGGGCGCCAAGGGCGACGCCAAGAGCCUAGCACCGUCAUCAUCCGCAGGCAGAGAGUUCUACCCGAACCUGUUCCCGCCGCGCGUGGGCGACGCGGUCCGAGUAUUGUGGGACCAGAACCAGUGGUACGAGGCCGCGGCCGUCGAGGAGCCCGCGCUCGACGGUGCGGUGCAACCAGCUUCCGCCUACUCAUCCCCACCGGCUUCGGCGUGCUGGGCGGCCUUCGGCUGGGCGCCGCCGCCCCGAGGCGCGGCGCCGCCCAGACUACACGUGCGCUACGCCAUCGACGGGACGCGCGACGCACUGGUGUGGUGCACAUGCGGCGUCUUUUUUUCGCGUCGCGUCGACAGCGUUGGGGCGAGCACGGUGUCGCGUCGACGGCGUCGGGGCGAGCACGCGACUACCACGCGCAGGCCAGACCCAGACCACGAGGCUUUUCUCUUGGCGCCACCGCGCACGCAAGGUGCAAAUCCGCUCGAGGCUCCUAGACGGAGGGCCCAGACGCGAGAUAGAUGCCCGCCGCCCGCGCGGGACUGGCGGCCUUUGUUAACCACUGUGAGAGCGGGCUCUGGUGCGACGUUCGAGAAGGAGCCUUCUAGAGUGGUAGAGUCUGUGGCACCUUUGGACGCGUACACGGCACAGUUAGCUGAAAGACAACCAUCUAUUCCUAGACCGGCCACACCUAGUGCGACGGUACCGAGAGCGACGUCAGCAUCAUUAGCGCGAGGAACCACCAUAGCCCCCCAGGAGACCAGAGCGUGGAGAGAAGUCCUCAAAGGUAGGAGAGACGCCGUGCAAGCGGCAGAUGCUUGCAGAGCGGCAGCAGUGGUUCAAGACGAAGGGACGAAGGCGGCCAUGGAAAGACUACAAAAAGUCGACGACGCCCUGAAAGGUGUCGUCGCCCCGCUCGCCGCGUUGUUGGACGACUUCUCGGAGGACAACGGGAGCGAUCCGAACCGCACCACACCGCGAGAAAGCGACUGGCCGUGGGCCUGGGACACGAGAACGUCGGACGCGCCGAUCGGGGCCUUGCACGCGCUGGCCGAUGCCUUGGGUCCCUUGUGUCGGGCGGCGUCGACCAGGUCAGAUGCGUGUUCCUUGGAGACGUCUUUUAGACGUGAAGCUCGGAGAGCUACGUUGGCGGUCGAAUGCGUGGGGCAGCAACAUACGGUCGGCAUCAUUCCCGAGGAAUCUCAAGAUCAAAAACAGGCUUGCAGUAGCAUGAAGCGCGCCUCUGAUUUAAUAAGAGUGUGCUGGGACGCGAAAUCGGCCGAGGAGACUCUGGGACCGACGAACGACGCUCUCGCAAGAGGCUCGAACUGCUGGGCGUUCCUACCGUCGACGCGAGUGCCGGAACCCCACGCGUCUUGGUUGCGACGGGCUCGCGACGCCGCUCGCGAAGUCGUGGAGGAUAGGGACGACAGUCGGAAGCGGAAGCGUCGGGACGAUUCUCCGGAGAAGGGCCCGCGGCCGUACCGGCCGCCCGGCGCUGCUGCGAGAGCGGCCUUGGCCGGAGAUCAAGGUGUCAUGUUAUUGAGAACAGUACCAGCCCCGAUCCAGAAGUGCUUCGCCGAAGGAUUAGGUAAAGGGGCGUUAGCGAGAGCGGCGCAAGUCGUCAAUCUAACUGGAGAGGAGAACGAUAGAGCUCAUCCUCUACUAAGAGGAGAAAAGGGCGUCGUCGCAACCAGGGGAAUUGAGGCCGGCUGCGCUCUUCCUUACGCUGGAGUUAUUGCUACCGACUACGAGAUCGCCGUCUUGCUACGACGAGCUCCGAGGGCAGCAGCUAGGUGGCUCAUGUACCGCUACGAGUUCGCCCAAACUGGAUUAUCUGUGUUGCCGUACCUCGGCGUGCAGAACGUUUUUAUCUGUGUGGAAAUCAAUGUCGGGCGCCCCACGUUCCCGUGACUGCGUCUGCUCGAUGGCGUGUGGAGCUUAUCGACGCGACGGCGUUCCACUGCAUCUGCUCGAUAGCGUGGAGCUCCAGCCCAUCGACGCGACAUUGGCCCAAUAACUUCAUCUGCUCGAUGGCGCGAAGCCUCACGCCCCACGCCGUCGACGCGACGUCACGCACGACUCACGCAGGUCUCGCCGGCGCCCUUCAUCAACUGCGCGCGCGGGCCCGACGCGCGGGAAGCGUUGGUUGCGAAAUCAGCAAGAGAAGCUAGAAAUCAACCACGAACCCCAAAAGCUAAAAAAGUAAGAGGCCCCGUGAAGGGCACUCCUGGAGGCAGAAAAUGGCGCGCCUGGGGCUCGCGGCAUGUGGGGUUGCGCGUGCGAAGGACGGUCUUCGCCGAGGAUUCAUCAGCAUUGGGCACCGCCGAUGGCACAGUGGUCUCCUGGGUCGACGAGGCCGAGAGCGACUUCCGAGAUGCGUCCGGCGCCCCGGCACCUUUAUGGAGGGUCGUCUACGACGAGGGAGGGCUGUUAGGUGGCGAUAGCGAAGACCUCGAGCAGCACGAACUCCUAGCCUCGGCCAGAGCACCCGCGCUCAUAGAAGGGUCUUCAGCAAGGGGCGCAACGCAAGGAGACGACGAAAAGACGCAGCUCAAGGCGAACUGCCACUUCCGCGAGGUUACUGCGGAUGACGCGAAGCCCUCGACCAAUAAACCGCCGUCGGUCUUAGGUGUGUUCAUCGUCGCGACGAAGCCUAUCCAAGCGGGUGAACCUUUACUGGUGUCCUACGGGCGGGAGUUCUGGUCCGGCUGGGCGCAGCGCAAGGCGCGGCUCGGUGAUCUCGAGAAUGCCGCCGACCAGCUCGUGGAGGCGGCGGCAAGGUGCGCCAAGCACUACUCCGUGGACGCGCGCGCUUUGAGUACGGAACAUAUCAAAGAUGAAAGGGAUCCCGAUCCGUUACACCCGCCGGCCUCCGGGGAAUUAUGGAGGUACGUCAUCGGCGUGCCCUUCGAGUCGUGUAGGACGUCGCGCGGGUCGAUGCGCUGGCGGGGGGUGAUUGUCGGGUUGGCUACCGACGCUCCUGCGGCUCACCCGAGAUCAGGGGGCGCUCCUACCUCCGUAUCUGUGGGCCAGCGUGUUGAGGGCUACUGGCGCGGCCGUUCGCCGGCUUGGCCCGCGACGGUCGCGAAAGCGGCAUCGAGGGGCCGGACCACUUGUCUAGCUUAUGACGACGGGGGCCGCGAGGACGGCGUCGCCCUCGACCUCAUCCGUGAAAGGCGCUCGCCGGAGGCGUGGCGCGACGCAGUAAAACCUGGUCAUGUGCCCGUCGGGGCUUGGGUGCGGCGCUGCGGCGGCGGCGGUAUUUCGAAAUCUAAGCCUGACGCUACAAGGGAGGAGGGCGUCGUCAUCGCGUGCCACGAGUCGGGCGCGUUCGACGUGCGACUCGACGAUGGGGCAUUGUUGGAGAAGCGCACCACCGAACAAUGGGAGCCGUUGCUGGUGCUGCGGUACGAGGAGGGCCACGACCAGCGCGUCGUGUCGAUGGACCAGCUGCGGUUCUUGCGGCCGCGGUUCCUGGACGCGAGCACUCUGAAAGCGCCGCCGGAGCAUGCGGCCUUUGUUUCAGAGACUGAUCUCAAGAAGGUGCUGCUCGACGCGGGGCUGCGGGAUCCGCGAUCCGGGGGCCGCAGGUGAGGGCCUAGUGUAUAAGUGUUUAACA